UCCGCGCUGUUUACAAAAAUCAAAAUGACUGCAAACUGGAGUGAUGCUGAAACGAAAGCGCUUCUUCUUAUUCGAGCGGAUGAGGAGGUUUGUCGACAACUUAACGGAACAGUUAGUGACACCGUAACAUAUGAUAAAAUAACGAGACUUCUUAAAGAACAAGGUAUAAACCGAAGUAAAAGUCAGGUGAUUAGCAAACUUAAAACACUGAGGCUGAAGUUUCAGAAAGUACAUGACCAUCAUAAAAGAAGUGGAAACGGCAGGAUUUCGUGGGCGUAUUUUGAGCUGUGUCAGUCCGUUUGGGGUAACAGUCACUCUACAGAACCAGUGGCUUUAAGCAGUAGCCUGAACACCGAGGAGCCUCAAACUAGCUCCGCAGAGUCUGCAGAUCAUGCGAGUGGUGAAAUUAUGCAGCCUGACAUCGAGACGGACUGUGUGGCAGAAGAAGAGCAAAAAAGCUUUACAGAGUCUAUAACCACAAUGCUAGAGACAAUGGACAAAUCAUUCAGAGAACAAGAAGCUAUCCAUGUCCAAGAACAAAGGAGACGGGGCAACCCUAACGCGCGCGGCUCAUGGCUGCGUAGCAACGGUCGGUGGAAAUUGGGGGUAAUGGCUAUGUGGAGGGAAAUGAUGGAGUUUCAAGGGAACCUCCUAAGGGAAUGCAUGAAUCGUCCACCCCUUCCUACAUAUUUUCCACCUUAUUCAUCCCAUCAACAACAGUUCUCUUUCCCAGGUCCAAGCACUAGCUACAUGGCACCAUACUAUCCACCAGAAAAAGAGGCCUCACCCCAUCCUCAGUUUAGGUCUUCAUUCCUUGAUGAUUUGGAGGAGUAG